AUGUAUGCUCAACCACCACCGCCUCCCCAACAACAAACGCAACAACGACCUGCAGUAAACCCAAAUCAACAACAGCAACCUUUAACAACAUAUCGCGUAGGCACUGCACAACCUGCACAACCACCUCAACCACCUCCAGGCUGGCGGCCUGGUGCUCCUCGUCCACCAUUUCAAGGUCCAGCUGGUGUAAUAAGGCCUACAUUUCCACCGGGACAACGCCCUGUAAAUGGACAGCCAGUACCUUUUCAACGACCACCGACGCCUGCAGGCAUGAGGCCACCUGUACCACCUGGUCAGACCCCACCUCCUGGCACUGCAGCACCACCUCAACUCACAAGUCAAAGACCACCUCUGACAUCAAAUAAUUCUGCUUUAAAUGCUGGAUAUCAACAGCAGCCGCAACAGACAAUUGUUCCAAAUUCGUCUCAACCUUUACAAUAUCCUCCUACUAGACCGCCGGUUCCGCCUGGCAACGUUCGACCAUUGCCAUCCCCAGAUAAUAUUAACGUGGAUAAUGUAGUGAAUCAAAUGGAAACUUUAUCCAUAAAUCAAGGUUCUUCACAAUAUGAUCAAAUUUCAAAGCCCAAAAAACCUCCAAAUCGUGUAUAUCAUCAUUUAACGACUGAAAUCAAUACUUCUGGAUACCCUGCCCCAACUGCAACACAACCUUAUGUGCAGCCAGCACCACCCAAUAUGUAUUCACCAACAACCGUCAACAAUAUAAACCAACCUGGUCAAGAACCAUCACCGAAUUACAAUUCAAUAAUACAACAACCACCGCCACCUGGUCAAGGGAUGCAAACAAUGAUGCCUCCUCAAUAUAUGCAAACUGGGCAAGUACCUGGUCCUCCACAGCCAUCACAGCAACAGCAACCACCACAACCGCCUCGUCCCAAUUCAAUGUCUGCACCUCGCGCAAGGAUUGAUCCAAAUCAAAUACCUUCACCAGUAGUUGUGCAAGAGCAUGAUCAAACUGUGUUUGAUGAACAACCUUAUUUAACCUGCUCAAAAACAGCCACUAUACCGCUUGCGAGCACAGAUUUUAAAGCUAUCGAUGAAGGCAAUUCAAAUCCACGUUUUAUGAGAUUAACAUUAUAUUCAAUUCCUAAUACUGAGGAAUUACUUCAAACAUCACAUCUUCCUUUGGGAGUUGUUUUACAACCACUGGCAAAGUUGAGAAAUGACGAAGCAUCAAUUCAAACAGUAGAUUUUGGAGAAAAUGGACCAGUACGUUGUAGACGCUGCAAAUCUUAUAUCAACCCGUGGGUGAUAUUUCUUGACGGUGGACAGCGUUACAUUUGCAAUAUGUGUCAAUUUUCUAAUGAAGUUCCUCCUGAAUACUUUUGUAAUUUGGAUAUGAGUGGAAGACGAGCUGAUUUAGAUCAACGACCUGAAUUAAAAUUCGGAACAGUCGAGUUUACAGCACCAAAAGAAUACUGGGCAAGACCUCCUUCACCUGUUUCUCAUAUAUUUGCCAUCGAUGUCUCAUGGAAUGCCAUUAAAAGUGGUAUGCUUGUUAAAUGCGUUGAAGCCAUUCAAGAUAUCUUGUACAAUACUCCCAAUAGUAUUCCACAAGGUGGCAAGAUUGGCAUAAUUACAUUUGAUAAGGAUAUACAUUUUUACAAUCUUACGUCAACUAUUGAGCAAGCCCAAAUGUUGGUUGUACCGGACAUUAAUGAUGUGUUUGUGCCUCUUCAUUCUGGACUAUUGGUUGAUCCUAUAGAAUCAAGAGAAGUGAUAAAAGGGCUGCUAAAUUCUUUGCCAACCAUGUUUGCCGAAAAUAAAACAAGCGAAUCAGUACUAGGAUCUGUUGUCAAAGCUUCUCUAGCUGCUCUGAAUGAAACAGGAGGAAAAGUUUUGGUUUUCCAAACAUCUCUUCCAAUUUCUGGACCAGGAGCAAUAAGGCAUCGUGAUGAUCCUAAAUUAUAUAAUACUGAGAAGGAAAAAACAUUAUUUGGUCCUCAAGAUGGAUAUUACAAGAAUCUCGCUAUUGAUUGUGUAGAUGCUGGUAUUGCGAUUGAUUUGUUCUUGUUUCCUAUCACUUACAUAGAUGUGGCAACAAUAGGGCUUUUAUCUUCCUUGACUGGAGGUGAAACAUAUUUCUACCCUAAUUUUGAUGCUGAAAAAGAUGGGAAAAAAUUUGCCAAUGAACUCAAACACAAUAUUACAAGAGAAUUCGGAUAUAAUGCGUUAAUGAGGAUAAGAUGUUCCAAUGGGCUGAAAGUUGACGAUCACUAUGGCAAUUUUAAUAUGCGAAAUUCCACUGAUCUUGAACUUGCUGGUAUUGAUAGCGACAAAGCAUUCGGUGCACUACUAAAAUAUGAUGGUAAACUAGACGAGAAAUCGGAUGCCUUCAUCCAAUGCGCUCUUUUAUACACAACAUCGACAGGCGAACGGAGAGUAAGAACACACAAUCUUAGCAUACCGGUUACAACUUUACUCGGUAACGUAUUCAGGCACGCUGACAUGGACACAACUGUUAAUUUUCUGGCAAAACAAGCCGUAUCGAACACUGUAACAAAACCUUUACGCGAAAUCCGUGAUCAGCUAACCGAUAAAUGUGUUAAAAUACUGAUGUCAUAUCGAAGACAUUGUGCAUCGGCUAGCUCAGCUGGACAGCUUAUUCUACCUGAAGCCUUUAAGUUGUUCCCAUUAUAUACAUUAACAAUGCUAAAAUCAAAGGCGCUACGUGGUGGCGGAAAUCUUACAAGCGAUAUUCGUGUACAUUUUAUGCGACUGAUAAAAAGUAUUGGUGUAGCAGAAAGUAUAGUGUUAUUUUAUCCACGAAUGUUUCCGGUUCAUAAUCUCCCAGAAAAGAUUGGUUAUCCGGACGAACAUGGACGAGUUAAAUUACCACCAUCGAUACGUGUAUCAAUUUCGAGAUUAGAGUCAGGAGGAGCAUAUUUGUUAGAAAAUGGUCAAACCUUAAUCUUCUGGAUAGGCCGUCAAAUUUCGCCUGAAUUUGUGAAAAACGUUUUUGGCGUUGAUUCCAUCGAUUUCAUUGAUCCAAAAACUUCUUCAAUGCCUGAGCUUGACAAUCAAACAUCGAUACAAAUUCGCACAAUUAUUUCAUAUCUUCAAUCACAAAGGUCUAAAUAUCUGCAAUUGACUAUUGCACGAAUGCAAAUAGAUCCCGCAGAAAUCGAGUUUAACAAUCUUCUGGUAGAAGAUGAAAAUAACUUUGCAAUGUCAUAUGUUGACUAUUUAUGUUAUAUUCACAAGCAAAUACAGACAGAGUAUGCUCUCUCUCUAUAA